AGACCAUCGCAAUUAUGUGACAUGUAGAUAUGGUAUACCGAGUAGGACCUCUAUCUCGUAUUCUACGGUGCCUGGCGAGACUUCUGCACUAAAUCCGAGUCACCUCCACACCGUCAUCUCACUUCUACUUAUAUACCUACUAUAGGAGAUCCCCCGCCCGCCAGGUCUUGUCAGCUUCAGCCAUUAGUCACCAACCUAGUCUCGUCGCUCUGCGCCAUAGCCUGCGCCCAAUCUUACACCCAUUGUCUGCCUGCGACAAAUUCACUCAAACCUUGACGUUGGCCUCUUCUGCGGCUUCAAUUCAUCUUGACACUUCUUCAGCGCCGUCGUGAUCGUCCAUUUCCGUCUCUCCCCCACCACCCUCGAGCCUCCUACUACCCUCGCCGCCAUGAAGAAGAAAUCCGUGUACGCCAAUAUCACUCCGAUACCCUCACACAUCCCCCGCCAGUUGGCCAUCGACAUGCUCCACUCGCACGGCGAAAUCAUCGAACUCAACCCUCUAGUGACGGGCUACAAACCCGUCAAAGCUCCCCAGAACGCCCCGUCCGACGAGUACUUCUCGACAUGGUACGAGAUCAGCGAGCGCAUUCAGUACGUGCCUGGCAUUGGCAAGGCAGGAUCCGGCAAGAUUUCGUUCAAGGGCUGCUUUCACGAUAUGCCAUGGGGCCUGCAAACGCACGUCUACGCGCCCAUGGGCGUCGACAUCCGCAACAAAUGGCAGAUCCGGGGCAACCAGCCAGGCGAGCCUCCUGAGACGAAAGAACUAGGGUCCGGCGCGCCGCCCGAGGGCCUGUACAUGCGCGAAGACAUCGAGAUCAAGUGCAACCCGGCCAUGAUAUCCUUCGUGAAAAAGGAGCUCAAAGCCGCGUCCAAGGUCAUGGUCGACCGACUGGUCAAGAAAGCAGAGCUGAUCGACUCCGGCAUGCUCAGCGCCAUGAUGGAAGAUGGGAAACUCAAGACGAUGAACCCGGCAGACCGGUCGCAGACGUUUCAAACCGCAGGAGGACAGUACUCGCCGGGCAUGUUGUCGCCGAGCACCGGGAGUUUUCCAGGGGGUGUGGGUGCGCCGCCGAUGUCGCCCGGCUUCGCACCGCCCGGCAUGGGCAGAAGCUAUAGUCAAUCAACGACUCAAUCCGCAUACGGGCGGCAGUCGCAGUACUACGGCGGGCCGGGCGGUUACGCGCAGGACAACCGCCAGUCGCAGUACGGCCAACAACAACACCAUGUGCCGCCACCACAGGGGCUCGCGAUCGAAAUGCCAGGGAGCAUGCACUAUGCUCCGCAGCCGCCACAGAAUUACAGCCAAAAUCAAAAUCUACAUCCGCCCAACCGCUUCUCGACGGCCGUGUCGGAAUUGUCGGCCUCGUCACCGUCGGCGGGCCAGACGACUUUCCAAAACAGCAGCGCGAGUGACAGACAGAGCUACGCCGGCAGCGUGAGUAGUCACCCGACGUCGCACGACCAAGACGGCGGCAGCGGGGCCGGCAUGGCUUCGCCAGGGCUGGACAAGAGAUCGUUCGCCGUGGAGUUGCCGGGCCACGACAGUCCUGGGCCGAAUAACCGGGCGAUGACGCCGCAGGGGGGAAGGAGUCCUGAUCCCAAUAUGAACGGUGGUGGUGGCGGCGGUGGUGGUACGCCGGGUCAGCAGUACAGGUACAAUCCGCAGGAUUAUGUGAGGAUGUCAUGAAAUAGCGCAACGAAAGGUUGUUGAAGGCUUUUGACGAGUUUCUUUUUGUAAUUACUUAUGGAGCGACGAACUUGAAUUGUAUAAUCUUUGUUUUCGGGAUAUUGAAACAUUCGGAUCCGAAAGGUCAUCGAUACGAGGAGCUUCCCGCGCGCUUUCUAGAUUUGAUCAAUCGUUUUGAAGCUGUAUCGACCGCAUCAUAAGGCUAGCAGUAUACUGGCGAGAAGAACAGAAAUGUUACGGCUGAAGCAACUUUGAAAAGCAUUUUGACAUGACGUUUUUAAAACUCGAGGCGGAAAGAUAUAUAACGAACGCUACGGGUGUGAUGGUUACGGUGAAGAUGUAUCAGGAUUGCAAGUUCUAC